AUGGGCAUCAAGAAAAGAGACCGUUCGGUCACAUCUCUUUGUGUUCCUCUUUUCUUUCUUUUAUUCUUCGUCACUUCUGUCUAUAGUCAGAAUUGUAGUAAAGACAAUCCGUGUUCAACAGGCUGCUGUUCAACAAGUGGAUGGUGUGGAACAGGAGACGACCACUGCGGCGCAGGAAACUGCGUGGAUACAUGUGACUUCAAGCUCGAUUGUGACGCGAGCAAUCCAUGUGAAACGGGAUGUUGUUCGAAUGCCGGAUACUGUGGAUUAGGCCCUGAUUUCUGUGGUGCAGAUGUCUGUGUUUCAGGAUGCGACUCCAAAGCCGAAUGCGAUCCUGGCUUUGGUGCUGAGUGGGCAACGAGUUCAAAGUGUCCACUCAAUGUCUGUUGCUCUGACUAUUGUGGAAAUAAAACAGUUGAGCACACAAGCUGCGAUAAGAGCACGUCUACUUUAGACCGCGUAGUUGGGUACUAUGAGGCCUGGGCUAGCCGCCGUCCAUGCAAUGUCUUCUGGCCCGAACAAAUUCCCCUGGGUAUCUACACGCACAUCAACUUUGCAUUUGCAGCAAUUGAUCCAGAUACAUUUGAGGUCAGACCUGACCAAACUGAAGAUUUGGAUCUUCUCAAGAGAGUCACUCAAUUGAAAACACUGGAUCCCGACCUGAAAGUAAUGAUCGCCCUUGGGGGUUGGACAUUCAAUGACCCCGGACCAACCCAAUCGACCUUUUCUGAUAUUGCAAGAUCAACCGACAAUCAAGCAAAAUUCUUCAGCUCUUUGAUCUCAUUCCUUUCCAGUCACAACUUGGAUGGUGUUGACCUCGACUGGGAAUAUCCCGCUGCCGAUGAUCGCAACGGUCGUGCUGAUGACUAUGAGAAUUUCCCGAGUUUCAUUGCAAAUUUGAAAAGUGCGUUGAGCAAUGCAGGUGGUAGAGAUGAGCUCUCAAUCACGCUUCCUUCUUCCUAUUGGUAUCUUCAACACUUCGAUAUUGCUAAGCUCGCUCCUCAUGUCAGCUUUUUUAAUGUGAUGUCAUAUGAUCUCCACGGAAAAUGGGACUUGGGAAACGAAUGGACAGGUGCCUACCUGUCUGCUCAUACCAAUGUCACUGAAAUUGACAAGUCUCUUGAGCUUCUCUGGCGGAACAACAUCGACUCAUCCAAAGUUGUGUUGGGUCUCGCCUUCUACGCGCGGGCUUAUACAUUGUCAGAUCCUAACUGUGUGGAACCAGGCUGCGAAUUCGCAUCAGGUGCAAACAAGGGACAAUGUAGCCGGGAAGUCGGAAUUCUGUUGAAUAGCGAGAUCGAUGAGAUUGUCGCAGACAAAGAACUGGAGUCAACUUUCUACAGUGGUGCAGAUGUCCAGGUUCUUCACUGGGAUGACCAAUGGCUGUCAUACGACGAUGCAAAGACACUUCAACUCAAAACCGAGUAUGCCCGUGGGUUGUGCCUAGGUGGUGUCAUGGUAUGGGCUAUUAGUCACGACACAAAGGAUGCAAAGUAUUCGAUGGCCUUGGGAGAUGUUUCCAAUCGCACUUCCACGUCAGUAACAGGUCUUUUCCAACGAAAGUCUACAUCAUCUGGAUCUGAUGAUGAUGAUGACACCUACGUUAAUAAGACAACAGAUCAUCUUCAAUGCACUUGGUCAAAUUGCGGCGAGUACUGCCCAGCCGGCUGGCAGAUGAUGACGCGUGAUGAUAAAUGGAAGCAUACAGAUGGAGAAAUCAUGUUGGAUGACACCGCUUGUACUUCACCACACGCUCGACGACUUUGCUGUCCUCCAAGUGAGACUGCCCCAAGCUGUGGGUGGUAUUCCUUCAAAGGAGGUGCUUGCGACGGCGAAUGUCCAUCUGGCUAUUCCGAGGUGGGAUCACUGGGUCAUGGCUGCCGAAGUGGCUAUCAAGCCGCCUGCUGCACGACAGAGAACUCGGAUAGCAAACUUUUGAAUUCUACAAGGCUGUUUGAGACGUGCGCAUGGUCAGACGCCCCUUAUUGCACCGAAGGAAAAUGUACAUUUGCUGGCUCAGCGUGGCCAACCGACUUCGUUGAAUCCACAACUGGUAGUGGUGCGGCUGUCUGUAACAUUGAUGUGGCCAGAUCCACCUGGGACUCGAAAGACCAUAUGUGGAACUAUAAAGCAGGAAAGCGAAAGUAUUGCUGUGACACAUCCAAUGAUGAUAUUACCUGGGGCACCUGCACUUGGAGAGACGAUAUCGAAAACUUCGGCACAAAAGGCAAAAAAUGCAGUUCAAAUUGCAAAUCCAACGAAAUUAAGGUCGCCAUGGAGGGUGGUGAUGACUGCUAUGGCAAAAACGGCGGUGCCAUGAGCUACAGUUGCACUGGCGUUUACAAAACCAGCCAGAAGGUUCUGAAUUCUGACUUCACUAGCUGGGACGAUGAUAUCUCUGCUUGGGUCGAUAAUCCAACCUGCGAGGAUACGUCGAGUUCGGUUCUUUCUACACGAUCUCAAGAGAUGAGAAGAGACCAAAUUGUUCUCGGAAAAUCUACUCCUUAUAAUAGUGUAUUGACUGUUUUGACUGCAAUCCUUAUCAAUGCUGGUUCCGAGACAAUUUCAAGCACCGUUCUUGGGUACAAAAAGAUUUUCGAUGCACAUGUUCCCAAGCACGAGGGUUGGGAGAGCCUCACAAGCGACAACAUCGUGGUCUGGUUCGACCUUGAUACAAAUCCAACUGCGGCAGAAGUUGGCCCCAAGGAAUGGGCUGAACGAAUUUUGUGUAGCCCCGAUGGCUAUAAUGCGAUGCUAGAUUCGACGACAAACAGCCAUCCUAUAUGUGAUCAUUUCGACCUGACUUCCAACGAUUAUGACGCAGCAGAUGGAUCUUCCGACACUGUCGAUGAUGGUACACUCAUCAAGCGAUGGACUCAAGCGCGUCGAGCUCUUUCCGAACUUGAAAAGCGAUCUCCGGCGCAAGAUAGAACCAUUCACUGCAAUGACGGAAAGACCACGCGGACCGUCAGAUAUCAGAGCCAGCCUUAUCCAAGUGUUGGUCAGUGGCCUAAUGAUGCUGACCAAGUGGAGAAUGCCAGGGAUUUGCGGGACUGGAAUCAUUGCCAUACUUCCCAAACAUCAAUAUACAACCUGGGAGUAGAUCGCAAUAAUUACGCAAGUAUGUUCAACCUGCGUACCCCAAUCCAUAAACAAGAGAUGCCAGAGAUGAUAGAGUAA